UUGUUUGCCUAUUCUUUAUUUUAUACUCAGUAUGACUACUUUUGCUACUGUUUACGACUUACCCUUGCAAUUACAACUCGACUUGGUGGAAAAACUCCCCUUGAAUCUACUUGCAGCCACUCUUAUGGCUGCUUCUAAAGGUAGUGAACUUCAUUUUUCCUUAAUAGAUAGACUAACAAGAGAUGGUAUCUACUUUCACUCUCUCAAGGAAAACUUUGGGGAAAUCUCAAUCAAACAAGAAUCUUUAUAUACCGACUUAUCUUAUGGCUCAUUAACUGAAUUCUUCCGAUACCUUGCGUCAGGUUAUGUUAGUUAUAUCCCACGAGAAAUAAGCUUAAGCUUGGAUUUGAACAAUAAAUGUGAUUUCGAAACCCUUCGGGCUUUAGUUGAAUUAGUCAACAAAAAGGGAGUUUCUAACAAGUUCAAUUUAAAUCUUUCUUGUAAAAUCACUCCUAAAAUUGGUUUUCCUAAAGUUGAAAAACUAUUUAAACAAAUAGUUUCUAAAAUUAAAACCGGGCAAGAUAAAAUUGCCUACACCGUUACUGAUUUUUCAAAUGGCUUAACAAACUUCACCAUUGCAAAUAAAACCCCAGAAUCAACCGGAAAAAAAUUGGUUCACUAUUAUUAUCCAGAACCAAGUACCACUGUUCAUCUUUCAGGAGUCAGUGUUAACUUGAAGCAUAUUCCUAGUAAUGUUGAAAUAUUGACAUUAGCUAAUUGCACAAUUGAAAAAGGCGGAUACCCUUCAUUUCCUAAACUCAAAGAAUUGACUUUGAAAUCAUGCAAUGGUUUCGAAAAUUUCCUUCCCAAAACAUUUUCAACUCUUGAAACAUUGAAUUUAAAGGACUGCUAUAUUAACUUGAAAAAAGCCAAUAUUACUCAAUAUAAAAAACUCACGUCACUUUCAUUGUUGAGUGUUGGUUUAUCUAAGGAUAUCAAGUAUCCAGUUUGUUUGGAAAAAUUAAGUUUAUCUUCAUCUGAUACUGAGUUGUUUUCUAAUAUUCCAGCCAGUAUUAAAGUCACUAAAGUUUCGUGA